AUGGCCGCCACCUAUGUCCCAACCAGUGACUCCAUGAUUAGCAACAGGAGUUCUGGGGCGCCGGGGGAGGUUCCCUGUGACGUCUGCAGGGAGCCGAAGCAGAAGGCGGCCAAGUCCUGCCUUGUGUGUCUCGCCUCGUAUUGCCCUGACCACUUGGAGAACCAUUCGACUCCAAGGCUGAGGGGCCACAAGCUAGUGGAACCGGUGGAGAACUUGGAUGAAAGGGCCUGCCUAGUCCACGGACGUCCGCUUGAGCUGUACAGCAGGAAUCAGCAGAGGAGCAUCUGUGUUCGAUGUAUGGAAGGAGGUCAGAAUGAAGUCGUCUCCACAGAAGAGGAAUGGCUCAAGAAGAAGACUGAACUUGAGAACACAAAGAAAGACUUAGAAGUCAGAAUUGAAAUAAGAAAGAUGAAGAUGGAUGAGAUAAACAAAGCUCUAAGGGAUUGCAAGGACCUGAUUGAUAACGAGUGGUGGGAUAUCGAAGCGGUUUUCACAGCUCUGAUUGCCAUUGUGGAGGCAGCCCAGAAGAAAGCUCUCAAGCCACUAGAGAGCAGAAGGGAGGUGAUGGAAACAGAAGCAAAAGACCUGAACGAUAAACUGGAAGACGAAAUCAACAAAAUUGAGAAAACGAUCUCAGAACUAGACGACAUCUCAUCACUUGAAGAUCACAUACUUUUCUUACAGAGAUACCAAUCUCUGUCAGAUCAGGAUGACAUGACUGACUGGACAGGUGUUGAACUUGACACCACCCUGUCUUUUGGCUCCAUGAGAGAAACUACAACAAUGAUGGUCAAACAAAUUCAGCAGGAGCUGAAGAAGCUGGAUGCUAUUGAGCUCAAAAGACUUCCAACAUUUUCAGUGAACGUAAAGCUGGACCCAGAGACAGCACACCAAUGCCUUGUACUUUCACCUGAUGGAAAGGAAGUACGAGAUGGAGGAGAAAACCAUGAAGUUGCUGAUUCACCAAAAAGAUUCGAUGUGUUGGGUAGCGUCCUGGGACUCAACAGCUUGACUACUGGGAAGGCUUACUGGGAGGUGGAGGUCAACAACAAGACCGGAUGGGAUCUAGGCGUAGCCAGAGGCAGCGCCAACCGUAGAGGGCAACUGUUAAUGAGCCCAGAUAACGGUUACUGGGUUCUGGUACAUUAUGAAGCGGAGAACUACGCCGCCAUGACAGCACCACCCACCCGUGUUUCCUUUGAAGGGAAACCCAAUAAGGUCGGGGUGUUUGUGGACUACGAGGAAGGUCUCUUGUCCUUCUACGAUGUAACAGCGAAGUCUCACAUCUACUCGUUCACAGAGUGUUUGUUCAAAGAUGAGCUCCACCCGUAUUUCAGCCCACAUGUGAAACAGAAAGAGAUUAACUCUGAGGCUCUGGUUAUUUCUACAGGAAAUUACUUUGAAUUUGAUGAAGAAUGAAAGUGUUUGGUUUCCAUUUGUGUUUAACCAUUUGUGACGGAGGAGUCGUCACGAGCUGUGACUUAGUUAUACAGUCCGUGUCAGCAUGCGAGCACGCCCUCACACACAUACACACAAACAUAUACAUAACCGCUAACUUACACUUUGUUGUAGCUCAAACUGACGCGGUUCAUUGUGGGUGCACACGCGGUGUCCCUGCUUCAGUUAUCAUAUCCAUCCUAACUUGUUUUCAGCUUCAAACAUUUUCCUGGUUCUAUUUUCAAGCAGGGCCGUUUCUGGAUUAUGGCGCCAGGAUGGAGUCGCAUGAUGACGUAGUGAUGUCAUCAGAACGUAUUGAGUGUUUUCUAUUAAAUUGUGUAUGGUCCUUACCACAGGGGCCGCA